AGCAUGCGAUCAACCUUAACGUCUACGUCCAUCAUCUUACGUGCUUUAUCAUCUCAGAAACCACCAAUUUACCUCCUCGCGCAUAUAACCAGCCCUGUCGCAAGGUCGCAGAGCAGGUAUUCUUCGUCAACGCUGUCAAGCUCCGCUAAGCUACUCAAGCAUCAACCACCUCGUUUGAGCGCAUUUCAUACGCACACCAUGGCUUCCGCAACCACCUUCUUCGACUUUGAACCUGUCGACAAGAAAGGCUCGCCUUUCCCCCUCACCCCGCUUAAGGGCAAGACCAUCCUCGUCGUCAACACCGCCUCAAAGUGCGGCUUUACUCCCCAGUUCGAAGGCCUCGAGAAACUCUACCAGAAGCUCAAGACCAAGUACCCCGAAGACUUCACCAUCCUCGGAUUCCCUUGCAACCAGUUCGGCGGCCAGGAUCCCGGCUCCAACGAUGAUAUUCAGUCUUUCUGCCAAUUGAACUACGGCGUUACGUUCCCCGUGCUGGGCAAGCUGGAUGUGAACGGAAACGAGGCCUCGCCCCUGUGGACCUGGAUGAAGGAGCAGCAACCCGGCCUGCUGGGCCUGAAGCGCAUCAAGUGGAACUUCGAAAAGUUCCUGAUCUCUCCCGAGGGCAAGGUUGUUGGUCGCUGGGCUAGUACCACCAAGCCCGAGUCGCUGGAAGACACCAUCGUCAAGGAGAUUGAGAAGUCACAGAAGAAUGGAUCGGCAGCUUCGGCUCAGGCUAAGGAGGGAGAGUCUGAGCAGGCUAAGUUGUCGUGAUUUAGUUUUUCGGGGAGUGGGAGUCCAUACGUUAUACCAUACUUCGUUAUAUGUAUCUUAGUAGUGCUUCUUGUAUGUACUUUUUUUUCUUUGGGGCACUUCCUGCCCACUAGCAUGAAACUAGUGUCAUGAGAUUAUAAAUUAAUCGCCAUUAUGCAUUAAUUUAUGUA